GUACACCACCUCGCGAUUAAGAAUGAGCUGCUCAACAAUGACGUACAAGGCCUUACAGAGUUGCUUUUAAUUAAGAAGAAGCAGGAUAAGAAAAGCAAAGCGCUUACUUUAGUUAAGCCAUUGUUAGACUACUAGGGUGGCGCGAAGUGGUGGUCGCCUCAAUUGUUCAAGGAAGCCCGCCACAGAGAGUGGAUUAUGAAGGAGACCGCGCAUGCAGAGAAGCUUGAAAAGGCUAACGUCAAAGAGCUUAAAGCUGCUAAUAAGCUAUACAACAACAAGAUCAAAGAACAGAAGCGCGAGGCAGCUGCUGCGGCGAAGGAAGUGCGUGACCGCAAGUGCGCGGAGGAACGCGUAGCGAUUGAUGCUCGCAAAGCUCAAAGACUCAAGGAUAAACAAGCUCGCGACGCUCAAAAAGCCAGCCAAUUGCCUAACAAAGGCAAGCGCAAAGCUUCAAAAGCACCUCAGGCACCUGCAGCCAAAAAGCGUCGUUCUGCGCAGCCUCGAAGUGGUGCUGUUGCUGCAGCGGCUGCUCCGCCUCGCGGCACUCACACAACCCGCAGCGGCCGCACCGCAACAUUAUAUAAAUAGUGCUUUCGGCAAAUGAAUUGCAUACAUCAAU